UCUCAUAAUACUGAUGAUAAAAAAUUAAAAACAAAAAAAGUAAACCGAGUUCUCAUUUACUUACAGUAAAGUAAAUAAAAAAGUUUAAUAUUUUUUUUUUCCCCCAAUUAUAAAUCAAAACAUUUAGUCGUGUAGCUAUUGUACACAUAAUUUUUUUUAAAAUUAAACCGCCAUUUACAUAUACUUAUAUGUGUUUUCCGCGUACUUUUUUUUAUUUCUUAUCACCGCCACGCUGCUAGAACGCCAAUGUUACUUUACUAGUUAUUUGUUAUUGUUGUUGUUAAGUAUGUAUGUUUGUACUGUUGUUAACAUUUGUUAUGAAACGAUAAAACAAUAAACAAAAACUGAAAAAUAAAAAAAAAGAGAGAGAGAUAACUUGACUAUAUAACAAGAAGACGAAUAUCGGCGUACUAAAUAAUACCAGUAUAAUUGUACUUUCUGUUUCAUCGGUAAAAAAAAAAAAAAAAAAAAAAAAAAAAAAAGAUUAUGUUUUAUAAAUAAUAAAUUAUGAUUCAAGUACAUUAAUUAAUAAAUAACAAAGGAUAAUAUUUUUUUCUUCAAUCAAGUGUAAGCAGUGAAAUUAAAUUAUCGUUUUAGUUUUGUUUUUAUAUAAAAUAAAUUUUAAUACUUAUAAUACUAAAAAUAACAAAUAUGAAAGUUACUAUUAAAAGCUGGACUGGUGUUUCUACUUGGAGAUGGAUUGCUAAUGAUGAUAAUUGUGGAAUUUGUCGAAUGCCAUUUGAUGCAAGUUGUCCAGAUUGUAAAACUCCUGGUGAUGAUUGUCCAUUAGUAUGGGGACAGUGCUCGCAUUGUUUUCACAUUCACUGUAUCAUGAAGUGGUUACACUCCCAACAAACCAGCAGCUUAUGUCCAAUGUGCCGCCAGGAAUGGAAAUUCAAAGAAUAAAUAAACACAAUAAUUAUUAUUAUAUUUUAACAUCAACAAUAUUUUAAACA